UAGCCAGCUGCUAAGAUUCCUUCACUUCACAGAACCACAGGCCACAGCCAUGCCUCCCAUAGAACCAGUAAACCUUGCUGUCUGCGCUGCAUUGCUUGUGCCUGCGGUGCUGUGCCUCGCUAUCACCCGACGGCGCCGCAGCCGCUUGCCACCCGGACCGGCCGGGCUCCCGCUCGUCGGCAGCCUGCCUUUCAUUGACCCAAGCUUGCACACCUACUUCGCUCGACUCGCCGAAAAGCAUGGCCCUAUCCUCUCCAUCCGCCUCGGAUCCAAGGUGGACAUCGUCGUCAGUUCCGCGCAGCUGGCCCGCGAGGUGCUCCGCGACAAGGACUCCGUCUUCGCGAACCGGGUCAUGCCGGACGCCGGCGACGCGAUCGCCUUCGGUGGCGCGCAGAACAUCGCGGGCACGCCGGUCGGGCCCACGUGGCGGCAGCUCCGACGAGUCUGCGUCCACCAGAUGAUGAGCCCGGCGGGGCUCGCCAGCGUGCACGGCCUCCGCAGGCGCGAGUUCAGGUCCACCCUCCGGUACCUCCACACGAAGUCCGGCGAAUCGGUGGACCUCGGCGCGCAGAUGUUCCUGAACAUCAUGAACGUGAUCACGGGCACCAUGUGGGGAGGCACCAUCGGGAGCGAGAGCGAGGGGGCAGUGGUGGGGAGCGAGUUCAGGGGCCUCGUCGCGGAGGUCACCGAGCUGCUCGGAACGCCCAACGUCUCUGACUUGUUCCCGGUGCUGAAGCCGUUCGACCUGCAGGGUGUCCGGAGAAAGAUGGAGCAGGUCAGGUCGAGGUUCGACCUGUUGCUCACCAAGAUCAUACAGCAGCGGAUGAAAUCCCAGCAAGACGGUGGUGAUGGGACGACGACGGACUUCUUGGAGUGCCUUCUGAAGAUGGAGAAGGAAGGCGGCGACGGCACGACACCCUUUACCAUGGAUAACGUCAAGGGCUUCCUCUUAGAGAUGGUGGUCGGCGGGACGGACACCACGUCGACCACCGUGGAAUGGGCCAUGGCGGAGUUGCUGCGGAGCCCUCAGAUUCUGAACAAGGUGCAGCGAGAACUCGACCGCAUCGUGGGCCGGGACGCUGUAGUGGAGGAGUCCCACCUCCCGCAGCUCCACUACCUCCGUAUGGUGAUCAAGGAGACGCUCCGGCUGCACCCGCCGGUUCCCCUGUUGCUGCCGCACAGCCCGAGCGCCGCCUCGACGGUCGGCGGCUACCACGUCCCCAAGGGCUGCCGCGUGCUCGUCAACGUGUGGGCGAUCCAGCGGAACCCACUGGUCUGGAACGAGCCCCUCGUUUUCAACCCGGAGAGGUUCGCCGGGGACGGCGGCCAUAAGGGGGACUUCAUCGGCAGCCAGCUGGACUACUUCCCGUUCGGGUCCGGCCGGAGGAUCUGCGCCGGGAUGGCCAUGGCGGAGAAGCUGACGGCGUACUCGGUCGCCAUGCUGCUGCAGGCGUUUAACUGGAAGCUGCCGCAAGGCGUGCAGCUUGACUUGUCCGAGAAAUUUGGUAUCGUGGUGCAGAAGGCCACGCCGCUAGUGGCAAUACCGACACCAAGGUUGUCAAAGCCUGAUCUUUAUUAAUAGUAUUCGUGUAGCCACCGUACCUUGCACAACUAAGUUCGUCCAGGUGAAACAAAUUGUGCGAUUGUUUGUACUGUUCGUGAAAUAAAGAUGCAAUAGAUCAACCUACUAAAGAACACCUUAUCAUCCUCUGACUUAAAAGUCAGGGGACUCGUGCUACUGACAUAUAGACCUAUACACGAUAGGGUCUACAUGUCAGGCUCAAUGUCCCUAUGACGUUAAGUCAGAGAAAUCUCUUCCCCUUAUCAUUAGCGGCUAAAACCAUUGUCUGUGGUGGGUCUUUUAGCUGUUAUUAUGCUUUGGUGAGAGAUGUGAAU